AUGGCUCCCAGAAAACGUCCUCUUGAAGACGACAGUGUGUGGGUCUUGAACAAGCAUCACUUCCAACAGCUAUACCAGACCGAAAGGAAGACGCUCAAAGACGUCAAGCGAAUCAUGGAAACCGAGCUGUCCACUUACGAAACGAAACUCAGAGAAUUGGGGCUUCGCAAGAGAUUGAAAAGGGACAACUGGCUUAUCGUUGCCCAACAUUACCUGAAUCGCAGUGGUAAAGACACUGGCGUGUAUCUCAAUGGGACUAGAAUCCCGUCUGCCUGGAGAGAGAUUCGCAGGUCGGGUGGUCUCGUAAGACCAAGAGGUCAACUUGAACCCCUUCCGCCUGGCGUUGCCGUACGAACACCUACACCUUCGCCGAAGAUCGCUUCUCUAUUUCUUGCUCCUACAGAACCGUUGCACCCCUCAACCACUUUUACUAGUGAUGUCGACCUGCUCACACCAUCGCCACAAAUGACUCUUCCCCACACCCUCCUGAGAUCCAGGUCUCAUCACAAUGCUCCGGGUCUCAUGAAUCUCUGCGAUAUCGGCACGAUAGAAACUGGCACGGCACUGACACCUCUCCAAUCAGGGUUACCAGAUCUCAGCCCGACCAUGCAGUAUGCAGAUGAAGUCUACCGCAACAUUCUCAAGCUCACUCCUAGCUAUCAAGUAUUGGAAACACUACGCUCCACCUCCUUUGAUUCCGAGCAUCCAUUUUCUCCCCUGGCCAGGGAGAAAGCUCAUUCUCAUGCUUUGCAACCCUUUCUUCAGUUUCAGUUUUCUCGAACAGGCUAUAAUGAUUCGGCUCUCGAUUCCCACUUUGACGUAUAUCACUUCCUUGGAUAUGCACUCUAUCUCCUCUCGAAUAAUCUCUUGCACCGUAGGCCUGGCGACCCUAGACAAGGGGAAAUUUUUGAGGUUCUGUUUAAGAGGAUUCCAGGAUCAGUUCUCUCUGCUCUACUAGAGUCGAGGACUCCCACAGUCAGAGCCGCAUGGGAAGAACUAGUCACUCAGUCCUGGAAUGUGAAUGACAAGAACGCAUUCACUAUCCUGAUGCAUGUUGGUCUCAGAUGCCCCGACUGGAUUUCUUUAGACGGCCACUCCUAUCUCAUCGCCGCCGCUGCAUUUGAUUGUUUGGAAAUUGUGCGACUUCUGUUAAGAGCAGGAUGCCGUCCUGAUCAGCCCUUAAACUACGAGAGGGGUUGGCAAAACUUCCCUGAAACUGCCAUUAUGGCCGCCAUUGGGGCUCGGAACCUCGAUUGUGUUGCGCUUUUACUCAGGUCUUGCGACGUCAAUCGCAAACCCCUUCAUAAACGGGGGUCCUGCUUUGCCAUAUUCGUUGCAAGCCUCUGCCAUGAUGAGGGUAUUGACAAACUUAGUCUCGAAGAUCACUUUGUCAGUCAGGUGUUAGACAUGUUUCUCGCACUUGGGGCCAGUGUCGACUUACCAAUACACACAACCUCGGUAUUGGGCGCUGAAUACAAUGGCCUGGAUUGGUACAAUUACGUCCACGAGAGCUGGCAACCUACGAUUGUAGAAGGCAGCUAUUACUGGAAUCCAGACUUGUUCAAGAGACUUGAACCCUACAGCGCGAUGUCCUUAUCAAGCGAGGUCACAAGGUUCGGUUGUUGUCUUGCUGCAAGGCACGGUGCAGCCUCCUUACGAAAAUACCUGAAGGAAAGACCAGGAGGAAGCACACGCUCGACAAACGAAUUUCUACAAUCAGUGCUAGUGGAGCAGUUUCUCUUCCACGAUUCUCACAUUGCAACCGAUAUUGUUCAGAGUCUCGUCAACGUCGUGGAGGAUAUGAGGCUACCAUUCGGUCCCAUCGGAGAUAUGUCUUAUCUGCUGUUCCGAGCAAUCCUAGGCUCUGCGGAUGUCACGUCAACCAACGACUUGAGUGCUCUCUUCAGUCUCCUUAUUCAGGAAGGGGCGGUCGUGCAUUCUGAAACUCUCAUUGCCUCUGUGACUUCACGAGGCGUUGGCUUGCUCGAGAAGCUUGCUGACCUGGGAGUCGACUUUGCAAGUCAAGGUGCUGAUGCAUUGUGCGCGGCCGCUCGCCUGAAUAAUUUUGAGGCGGUUUCGUGGCUAUUGCAUCGGGGAGUAGACAUCAAUGCUGGAGUCAGCGCGUAUGCUUUCCCAAAAGACACGACUGUGAUCGCCGCCACUUUAGAACAUGGAUCGUUUCUGGAGUCCGAAGCCUCAUACUGGAAUGAUUGGCGCUCUCGACAUAAAGAUCCCAAGCCAUCACUCGAAAUGUUCGACCACCUGAUAGAAAUGGGAGUAAAGUUACGCCACAAGACCACCGAUCAGAACCCUUUCCCAUUCUUGAAACAUGCCCUUGGUUUAUCAUCUCAAAGACCACUAAUCGAACUCUUUCUCAACUCGGGGAUCAAUCUACAUGAAAGCUCGGCCGUCGAUCCUACACUGUUAGAGGUUUGUUUGGCCGAUAGCUUCUUACUUGACAAGCCCGCAGCAAGAUUGGAACUCUUCGAGUUGCUCUUUGAGCGUGGGGCUCAUGUCCGUCCUGGGUCACCAUUAGCUCUUCUGAUCUAUCGGGGUGGUACGAAGGAACUGAUACGCAAAGUUUUGGAUGCGGGCGCUCCCAUUGAUACAUACUCAUCCGGGCGGACAUCCUACACCCCUCUACAAGCAGCGGCCAGCCGUGGAGAUCAAGAACUAGUGGCCUUACUUUUGAGCAAGGGUGCUGACAUCAACCAGCCUGCUCGUGGUCGUCAAGGGAAAACAGCACUACAAGCUGCAUGCGGUUGGGAUGUCAUCUCUGUUGCAGAAACCAAGGUCAAGUUCAACCUCGUCAAGUUUCUGAUUGAGCACGGAGCAAACGUCAAUGCUCCACCCUCAGAUGGCGAUUACGGGCAGACAGCAUUACAAGCUGCUGCGGUUCUUGGCGAUCUCGAGAUUGUCAUCUUGCUACUUAAAAACCAAGCUCGAGUGAACACCCUCUCUGGCAUUGGGUGGAAUGGAUUUACCCAAACUGCCCUGGAUUAUGCCGCAGAAUUUGGACGGAUAGAUACAGUCAAAUUUCUGCUGAGCGUGGGGGCGCUGAGUGCUUGCCCUGGUACUAGUGGUUACCAAAAAGCAAUCUUGAUUGCAGAGGUCAACCGCUAUGGUGCUAUUGCAGAAUUGAUACGCAAGCAUGCAGCUGAUGACAUCAAGCUAUUUGGGAAGAAUCCCUAUUUGGACACACGGACGUAUGAGGAAAAGCACGUUUGCACAUCGAGUUGCUUUAUUGAGUUUGAGCGCUUUUUGGGAUUUGAGCGUGGAGAGGGCGAUGAUCAAGUCGAGAGCGAAAACGACAUCACUGGUGACGGCUACGUCGAGGGUGAUGCAGAAGACGACGACCUUCUGAACGAUAUCGUCCUUCAACAUGAUGGCGACCGUGAAGACGGUGAGGACGAUGGCGACAAUGUUGAUGGCAAUGACGAAACCGACUAG